UCACAAGGGAGACCGGCCGAUCAGUUUAGUUUAUUUAUUUAUGUAAGAGAGAGAGAGAGAGAGAGAGAUGGUGGUGUUCUGCUUUCUGGUGGACCAGCGGCGGACGGUGAAGAGCAGCAAGCCGGCGGCUGGGAUCUGCUCGCGGUGCGGGGGAUGCGCCAGCGUCGCCGACAUGGUCACCGCCACCCGCUUCUGCUACGUCCCCGUCUAUCGUCGGACCUGGCGGGCCAUUAUCUGUACCUUCUGCGGCGCCCUCCUCAAGUCCUACAGAUAGGGGGGAGAGAGAGAGAGAAAGA